CCGAUCACACACCAUGCUCAGGAGGCAGACGACAGCCGUGCUCGCCCGCGCGUACGCAACGGCCUCGGCUUCGACCUCGGCCGCCGGCGAAUCGACAACAUCGACGGCAUCGCGCCGCCGCCAAAUUGUCGACACCGGGGACUCGGAUCUCGUUGCUCCUCCCGACCCACUCUCUAAUAUUCGUCCUGUCCUUUAUGCAGCGAAACGCAAGCGCCGCCCUUCCAACUCGCCGUACUCAGCCGCCGAGUUCCCCGCCGAGGCUGCCGGCAGUGCUGCACAGAUGCGCGCGCAUGAGCUCGAGCUGGCCUUCACGAUGCACCGCGAGCGUGUGGAUAUGGCGAAUCACCGGUUUUGGGCGGCGAACAAUGCCGACUUCGAAGCGCAGCGCGAAGAGCGCCUGGCGCGCCUCCCGCCCGCGUCUGAUCCUCCAACAGCCGAGGAUGAGGCACGGCGAGAGGCAGCCCUCACCCAGUUCUAUCGCGACUGGCAGAUCGGUACACGUGCACGGCAAGAGGCGUGGGUGCGCGCGUGGUGGCGUGAUGUGUGGGACGGGAUCAAGCUACAAGCACGCGUGUCGGUUGCGAGGUGGCGAGCGAGCCUGCGAGGUUAACGCGGGAGAGGAGGACAGACAGAUGCAUGGCCAUAUUACACUCUGAAAACCCGUGCUGAUCUUGCGGUACACACCAACGCCAGUGGUGUUGCCCAGCAGGUAGCA